GCUUUGAAGACUGCCGAGGAACACACGAUUUGAAUCAUUUAAGCAUUAAAAUAGUAAUACCCAUGGAAGAGCCACAAGACUUACCCGAACAACCAGUGAAAAAAGCCAAGAUGCAGGAAUCCAGAGAACAAAGCUUGAGUCAUGUGAGCAACGCAGAAGUCAGCGAUCAGAAACCUGAAUCUUCAAGCCUUGGUUCAAACCUUCCCAUGUCCAGUGAGAUUAUGACGUGCACUGAUUAUAUCCCAAGGUCAUCAAAUGAUUAUACCUCACAAAUGUAUUCUGCAAAGCCAUAUGCACAUAUCCUUUCUGUACCUGUUUCGGAAACAAUGAGCCCUUACCCUGGUCAGACUCAGUACCAAGCACUACAGCAGUCUCAGCCCUACACCAUCUACCCCCAGACCACCCAAACCUAUGGACUACCUCCUUUCGGUGCACUGUGGCCAGGUAUGAAACCUGAAAGUGGUUUAAUUCAGACUCCAUCUACAAGUCAGCACAGUGUUCUUACCUGCACUACAGGGUUAACCACAAGCCAGUCCAGCCCAGCACAUUAUUCUUAUUCCAUUGAAGCAUCAACUACCAAUGCCAGUCCUGUCUCUACAUCCUCAACUGUUGUUAAUGUUUCCACGUCAGCAGUAGCCAGCAUCUCACAGGAGUAUCCUACGUACACGAUCCUUGGCCAAAGUCAGUACCAGACGUGUUACCCGAGUUCUGGCUUUGGAGUCGUAGUACCAGCAGACAGCAACACGGAGAGUACUGCGUUAGCAACAGCCACAUACCCAGCUGAGAAACCAAAUGCCAUGGUGCCUACACGGACAGUGCAGAGACAUUCCUCCGGAGAUGCAUCCACAAGUCCUUCAUUAUCAAGAGCAACAGCAAGUAAAGAGUUAGAUGAGCAGGCAAGAAAAAACAUCCCUGGGAAGAACAGGGGGAAGAGGAAAGCAGAUACCUCCUCCUCACAGGACAGUGAACUGGAGCGAGUGUUUCUCUGGGACCUGGAUGAAACCAUCAUAAUCUUCCAUUCACUUCUCACAGGGUCUUAUGCUCAAAAAUAUGGCAAGGAUCCAACUCUAGUGAUUGGCUCAGGUCUGUCCAUGGAGGAGAUGAUUUUUGAAGUAGCUGAUACUCAUUUGUUUUUCAAUGACUUGGAGGAGUGUGACCAGGUACACAUAGAAGACGUGGCAUCUGAUGACAAUGGCCAAGAUUUAAGCAACUACAGUUUCUCCACGGAUGGCUUCAGUGGCUCAGGAAGUAACGCAAAUCACAGCUCCUCAGUUGGUGUCCAGGGUGGAGUGGACUGGAUGAGAAAACUGGCCUUCCGUUACCGUAGGGUACGAGAGAUCUAUGACAAAUACAAAACCAAUGUUGAAGGCCUUCUUAGUCCGCCAAAGAGGGAAGCUCUGCAGAGACUAAGGACUGAUAUAGAAGUGCUAACGGAUUCCUGGCUGGAAACUGCAUUAAAGUCCCUACUGCUCAUACAGUCCAGAAAAAACUGUGUGAACAUCCUGAUCACAACCACCCAACUGGUGCCAGCUCUUGCCAAAGUUCUCCUGUAUGGAUUGGGCGAGGUGUUUCCCAUCGAAAAUAUUUAUAGUGCUACAAAAAUAGGUAAAGAGAGCUGUUUUGAGAGGAUCGUGUCCCGGUUUGGGAAGAAAGUCACCUAUGUGGUAAUUGGAGAUGGGCGUGACGAAGAGGUUGCAGCGAAGCAGCACAACAUGCCUUUCUGGAGGAUCACAAAUCAUGCAGACCUCGUGUCCCUUCACCAAGCCCUCGAGUUAGACUUCCUGUAAGAAGUUGGAGCAAAGGCGUGACUGCAGCUCCUGCAAGCCCUCUCCAUCACUGUGGAGGCAGAAAUUUCUUACAUUUGGGGACUCACUUUUCAGCUUGAUGAAGAAAACAUACCUAAUGCAAACUGUACAGUAGAACGUGACAGCAGGUCGUUUCCGCAGGAGCACAGGCCCUGCCACGUACCAAGGUGUCCUAUAAGGAAGCACUAGACUCAGCAGAGCUAGAGCUUGUCUGAAGAAGAGACUUACAGAAGCCAGCUGAAUUCCUCUAGCAGGUAGUCUCCAGAGGGAGGGGGUGAUAAACAGCAGAAGUAUUUGUAAGAGCCUUCUCCUUUCUAUUCAGCUUAGUUGUAGAACCCAAGUAAACACAAAACCUUAUUUUUAUAGAAAAAAAAUGGUGGCAGAGCUGAACCUCCCUUGUUUCAUAAAGCUGAAAAGAGCUAUGUUUUUUCCAUAGGAGAUAUUAAUGAAAAUGUCAAAAAUACCUCUAUUGUUGUGAAAUGUGUCCUCUUUCCUUCCCUGGGUGUUCAAAGCAGUUAAUUUAUUACAAUGUCCUUAUGUUAUUUCCUCAACAUGGGAUUACUGGAAAAUAGAAAGAUAAGGGAAUGUUUCUGGGAUACGUGGUUCCUUGCAGAGGAAAGUGUUGGUGUUCCGAGUUGAUCCCGGUGGCUUCCAGUCAAUGUGUGCACAAGCCCUGUUACCAAGCAGGAGAUCAUUGGAUUCCAGCUAUCCAUGACCCAGACCGUAGAUCCCACAGAUUUUCCCUGUAAAGGAAUACAAAACUGCCUGUGAACAUCAGGUACAGCACAACACUAUUGCAGACUGCUCCGAUGUGAACAGAGUCCUCAUCUGGACUAGGAAUAAUUUGAGAGAACUAAAUGCUCAUGAAUGUUACAAAGAAAGGUAUGGUUAUUAACCUUCACCUCUGCUUUCCUGACACCAUUUGUGAGAGUUAGUUCCUUUUAGUAGAAUCAGAUUCAGUUUUCCUGUAUUUUUCUUCACAUUAGCCUAACUACAUAGUUAGAAACAAAACUUUUUUAAGAGGGACUUAAUUUUCUAAGACACUGUGACUUGGCAGCCUGGAGCACACUGGCCCUGGGAGUGAUGGUUAUGCUGAUUUUUCCACUGCCAUCUCAGAAAAAAAACCCUGGAGUCAGUGACCUGCAGUACCACUGGCCAGAAAUAGCCAGCUGAGGACUGGGGGCUGGCAUGGGGGGCUGGCUUUGUGCCACAUCAGGCUGUGUUCGGUGGUACCUGCCUCCUCCCUGUACCCCGAUGGCACCAAAUCAGCAGGUGCCUGGGGUCUGUGCACAGAGGACACGUGCUGCGCCCCACGGCUGCUGUUCCCGCUGAGUAGAACGUCACAGCUGCCCCCACACCCCCCCAGAUCGCUGGGUUCCUGCUGGGAUCAUGUGUCCGGGACGCACGGGGGAGCACUCUGAAAGCGUGGCUCUUCAGCAGGGACACUGACCCGCUCAGCCUGUGCCCGCAGAAGCAGGUGGUGGGAUUACUGCAUUCUUUUCAUGGCAUUAAUUACCGAGGAACAAUUUCCAUCAGCACUGGGGGAGUUGCUGGGUCAGCUCAACACAGGCUCUGCUGUGCCCUGGGGGCAGCUCCGGUCACCACCGUGGAGAAGGUGGCUAGAGCAGGGGGUUUGGAUCCCCAGAGUGAAGGGACUGGACACAAAAGUCUCUGUGUCACAUGUUCCUGGCUCCAAUUUUACUUUUUUU